AUGGAAAAUUGCUUUCUUAUUUGUACCCAGGCCAUGAAAAAUUGCUUUCUUAGUUAUACGCAGGCCAUGAAAAAUUGCUUUCUUAAUGCUACUCAGGCCAUGAAAAAUUGCUUUCUUAGUUUCUUUCACUCGUUCAUUCAUUCUUUCUUUCUUUCUUUCAUUUUUUCUUCCUUUGUUUUCCAUCAUUCCAUUCAUUCUUUCUUUCUUUCUUUCUUUCAUUUUUUUCUUCCUUUGUUUUCCAUCAUUCCAUUCAUUCUUUCUUUCUUUCUUUCAUUUUUUCUUCCUUUGUUUUCCAUCAUUCCAUUCAUUCUUUCUUUCUUUCUUUCAUUUUUUCUUCCUUUGUUUUCCAUCAUUCCAUUCAUUCUUUCUUUCUUUCUUUCUUUCAUUUUUUCUUCCUUUGUUUUCCAUCAUUCCAUUCAUUCUUUCUUUCUUUCUUUCAUUUUUUCUUCCUUUGUUUUCCAUCAUUCCAUUCAUUCUUUCUUUCUUUCUUUCAUUUUUUCUUCCUUCGUUUUCUAUCAUUCCAUUCAUUCUUUCUUUCUUUCUUUCUUUCAUUUUUUCUUCCUUUGUUUUCCAUCAUUCCAUUCAUUCUUUCUUUCUUUCUUCCUUUGUUUUCCAUCAUUCCAUUCAUUCUUUCUUUCAUUUUUUCUUCCUUCGUUUUCCAUCAUUCCAUUCAUUCUUUCUUUCUUUCUUUCGUUUUUUCUUCCUUUGUUUUCCAUCAUUCCAUUCAUUCUUUCUUUCUUUCAUUUUUUCUUCCUUUGUUUUCCAUCAUUCCAUUCAUUCUUUCUUUCUUUCUUUCAUUUUUUCUUCCUUUUUGUCCCCGAUUGCACUCUCCGUGCGGACCCGACCAACGCGUCCAACUACCUGAUUCCAGUCUAUAGUGCUUACAUACUGCGACCCUGCCCCGAUGGGACACAAUUUAACCAGAGUAUCUGUGGAUGUCAAAUGCUUUCAUAUAAAAAUGAUCCGAUUGAUUUACAUCCGAGUCAAGUCGACGCUGUGAAUCCAGUUAAAGAAGAAAUUACACAGCCAUCAAACUGGACGGAAACAAAUCAAAGAACAUCGUCGGUACCAGUGACACAGUCCCCGCAGUGUCCCCAUCAAAUAACCAAUGACAAAAGCAGAUUUCUUGAGUAUAUAACCGGUUUUGGCUGGGUCAAGAGAUUGUGCCCACCCGGAACUCAAUUCUUUUUGGAUAGCUGUAUGUGCCUCCAAACAGCUGUGGCUUCCAAAAUAGACACGAUCUCUCUCUCUCUCUCUCUCUCCACCCUUUCCGGGCGGACGCUAUGA